AUGCAACCAAACAAGACAGAAGCAAAGAAAGAUCAAUAUGUGGGUGAUGUGAAGGAAACUGCUGGUUCUGCAGUAGGCAACGAAAGACUCAAGACUGAAGGACAAACACAACAUGGUAAUGGUUUAAUUCAAGAAACAACAGCCAAUAUUGGUGAUGUUGUUCAAGGCACUUUAAAUACUGUUACUGGUACUGUCAAUGGCCUUGUUAGUGGUUUGACUGGAAGCAAUAAGAAAUAA